UUCUGCUGCUGGAGAAUCUCUGGUUCUCUGGUUUCCGUCUGGUUUUAUCUCCGUCUGGACCUCUGAUGAGCCAACAGGAUGUCGGUGAACCUGAGUAAGAACGGAGCGGCCCUGAUGGCGGCCUACAAAGACGUGGUGGACGGGAAGUCGGACAAGAACUGGGCUCUAUUCACCUACGAGGGGAACAGUAACGACCUCCGGCUGGCACAGACUGGAGACGGCGGGCUGGAGGAGCUGGUGGAGGAGCUGAACAGUGGGAAGGUGAUGUACGCCUUCUGUAGAGUCCAAGACCCAAACUCUGGUCUGCCCAAAUACGUCCUCAUUAACUGGACAGGUGAAGGUGUGAAGGACUCCAGGAAAGGACUGUGUGCCAACCAUGUGGGCUCCAUAGCAGGAUUCCUGAAGGGAGCCCAUGUGACCAUCAACGCCCGCGGAGACGAAGACGUGGAACCAGAAAGCAUCCUGGACAAAGUGGCCAAAGCUUCAGGAGCCAACUUUGACUUCCACCAACGAAAACAGGAAUACAGAGACGCUCCCAGAGGACCAGUGGGUUCUGUGUACCGUAAGACCAACGCCGUGGAGGAGAUCCAGCAGAUCAACAAGGACGACUUCUGGGGCAAAGCUCAGAGGGACGAGGAGGAACGUCGGCGGCAGGAGAACCGGAGAGCAGAACAACAGAGACAACAGCUGGAGAAGGAGAGGAGGGAGAUGGAGGAGAAGCAGGCGGAGGAGAGGGAGAGGAUGGACCGCAGGAGGAGCCAGAGGAUCCAGGAGGACAGGCUCCAGCAGCAGCAGAGAGAAGAAGAAGAACGAAGGAAGGAGGAGCAGCAGAGACGGAAUCAGGUGGAAUCCAGUAAAAAGACGACAGGAAUCAACUCAGCAGCUUCUGUUCAGAAAGCCAACGAAGCUAAAUCACUGAUUUCUCAGAGAUCCUUCAACCCCAGAGACAUUUUCAGACAGAAGGAGCAGAACCCAGAGAACGGAAGAGGUGGAGCUGCUGCCUCCAGACCUGGGAAGCUCCAGAGUCCAUUUUUAUCUCAGAAAUCAUCAGAGAGAGAAUCUCCUGUUCAGCCUCAGGAUCAGCUGAUCUCUGCUCCGGCUGUCACCCCCCUGACUCCUGUCCUAUCUGUCUCACCUGUCUCGCCCGUCUCACCUGUCUCACCCGUCUCACCUGUCUCACCUGUCUCACCUGAGCUGUCCCACUCACCUGCUCCAGCUGAAGAACCCACCAGAAGCCCAGAGAUCAGAGACUCACCUGUUCAACCUGCAGACACCGUUUUCACAGAAGAAGAAGAAGAAGAAGAAUGGUCGGAUGAGUUUGAAGACGAUGAACCCACUCCAGAACAAACCUCAGUUCAAGAAGAUCUUUACGAGGCUCCACAAUCAGCCGACCAGGAGGAUCUGUAUGAAAACGUUUACCAGCAAUCACCAGCGGCUGAAGAUGUUCCUGUGGAGGCAGCAGGACAGGGAGUCUGUGCCAGAGCUCUGUACGACUACCAGGCCGCGGAUGACAGUGAGAUCACCUUUGACCCCAAUGACAUCAUAACUCAGAUCGACAUGCUGGACGAAGGCUGGUGGAGAGGAUUCGGACCCGACGGACACUACGGCAUGUUUCCUGCAAACUUCGUGGAGCUUCUCUAGAUUUAAUCUGUCAGCUGGAAGAUCAAACUUUCUCCUGAUCCAACUGGUUUGUUGAACGCCACUGAACUAUCAGACCGCUGUACAAAUCAAUAACUAAUAAAAACUGCCAUUCUUCUC